AUGGAUAACAGUGCAUCAACAGUUAUAAAUCGAAAUUCUGAAAUAAAGUUUUAAAUGAGAGAAUGGAGGGACAUUAAUUACAGUGCCUCAAAUUUACUGAAUUUUAAGAAAGAGUUAGCUAAAAAAAUACUGAGAGAGUCGAAGAAACCUUAACCUAUUUGA